UAAGAAUCCAAUUGUGAAAUCAGUUUUCAAAGAGGAAAAAAAAUUACAAAGCUCACCUCUGCCGUGACCUUGCGUCCGCAGUUACGUACGCACGCGGCCCCCCUCUACCGAAGCUUCCUCCGGUUCCCGCCGACGACCCGGCCCCGACGCGGCGCCUCCCUCCUCCCGCCGUCGCUGCUCGCCGUGAGGAGGAGAGGAGACGAGGAGUAAGAAGCGGAGCAGCGCGCGUUCAGAUCGGAUCGGAGAGGAGGCUGGGAGAAGGGAGAUUGACGGAGGGAGCCAGCCGGCGAUGGAUUUCGAGCUGCGGCAGGCGCGGGAGAAGCUGGAGCGUGAGCAGCGGGAGCGGGUGCAGCGCGCCAAGGCCAAAGCCGACCGCGAGCGCCGGGCCAAGGCCGAGGCCGCGCGCCGCCGCGACGCGCUCGAGGCGUCCCACCGCGAGCGGCGGCUCGACGCCGCGCGCGCGCAGGAAGAGGCUGACCAGAAAAUGGAAGAGGUGAUGCAGCUGGGGAAGGGAGUUUCAUUCUCACGCAUGUUGGAGGCACUGCAAUAUGAUGGUCCUGGGGAUAAGAUCAAGCUACCGCCGUCUUCAUUCAAGGAGUUGUCUGAUGAAGGAGCUCUGGAUAAAGGUCCCAUGUACUUCAAGUUGUCAAAGGUUACGGACAAUGUUCCAGGUACCUCUCAGGAACAAGGUGCCCAGGAGGCAACAUGUUGCGGUGUUCUUGAGUUCACUGCACGAGAAGGCUCUGCAGAACUCCCGCCACAUGUUUGGAACAAUCUGUUCAAGAGUGACAGCCCAGAUGUCCCUCUGAUUGAGAUGAGGUAUAUCAGUUUGCCCAAAGGAACCUAUGCAAAACUGAAACCGGAAGGUGUUGGGUUUUCAGAUCUCCCGAAUCAUAGAGCUGUCCUUGAAACAGCUCUCCGCAAUCAUGCAACACUAUCUGAAAACGAUGUUGUGGUGGUGAACUAUGGGCAACUGCAGUACAAGUUAAGAGUUCUUGAACUGAAGCCUGCAUCAAGUGUUUCUGUCCUAGAGACAGAUGUUGAAGUUGACAUUGAGGGAUCAGAUUCAGUUUUGGACAACGAAGAGAAUCAACAUGUGCUUGUGCCGCUUGCGAUUGGAAAGGUCGAAUCCAGUAUUGUGGAAGAAGGAAAGUUCAGGUACUACAAAUUUUCAGUUGACGAUAGUGUCAGUGAGAAAGUAUCUUCUGGGCGUGCCAAUAUCGAGGUUAAGAUUGAUACUGAUGCGAGUGCUGGUGACACUGAUAUAUAUGUGUCAAGACAUCCUUUAGUAUUCCCAACUCAGCACCAACAUGAGUGGUCUUCUCAUGAAAUGGGAUCGAAGGUUCUUAUACUCAAGCCACGGGAUGCUAAUUUGAUCAGUGGUGCUUACAGUAUUGGAGUUUAUGGUUUCGAAGGGACUUCUCAGUACCAACUCUCUGUAGCUAUUAAGGAUGUUAAUAGCCAAAGGAUUGGUGAGCAUGCUAGUGCCUCGUCAAGUAUGGACGUUGAUUCAGUGCUGUGUAAGAACUGUAAGCACCAUAUAUCUAGCCGAAGUGCUCCACUUCAUGAGGCAUACUGCAUGAGACACAAUGUUGCCUGCAUGCAUGACGGGUGUGGAGUUGUUCUUCGAAAGGAAGAAGCAGCAAAUCAUAUGCACUGCAACAGGUGUGGGCGAGCCUUCCAGCAGAGAGAAAUGGACAAGCAUAUGAAAGUUUUCCAUGAACCACUGCAGUGCCCCUGUGGAGUGGUCCUAGAAAAGGAAGAUAUGAUCCAACACCAAUCCUCGACCUGCCCUCUGCGCCUGAUUGUGUGCCGGUUUUGCGGUGACACAGUUCACGCUGGUGGAGAACCAGUUGAUGUUCGAGAUCGGCUUCGAAAUAUGUGUGAGCAUGAGAGCAUGUGCGGAUCCAGGACUGCGCCGUGUGACUCUUGUGGACGGUCUGUCAUGCUGAAGGAGAUGGACAUUCACGUAAUUGCUGUGCAUCAGAAGAGCUGAUUGUCCAAUGCCACUGGUCAAUCUGAGCCGAGUCUGCUGGGCCUUGACCACCAAAGGUACGAAGUUUGAGUCAAAUUUCAGCGCUAUUGGACUCUGGACAUCACCACUUGGAACUGCAAAUGUGUUCUGUUAUUGUUUAGUUUGUCAUUUGUGGUAAUUCAUUGAAAAGAAAAACGCUGGUGUUGUUGAUGAUAUGUUUGUAUCUUCUUUCUGUAUACGCUUAUUUAUAGUCUACAUUGACUUCAACAUAUCAGUACUAUCCUUAGAGCAAUAGAAAGAUUCUUUCUAGUAAA